AUGGCGAACCCAGGGCCGCGCUCGCCGCAACUGGUUCCCUCCAACUCCUCCAGCCCCAGCGUCUCGCACCGUCAGAGCUUCGCCGACAACUUGCGCGGGAUGCCAGCUUCCCCGCGCGCCUCGCGCCAGCCCUCUCUGUCGCAACAGGCCCUGCAAGACCUGCUCAACAACCCGCCCGUCGGCAAGAACACCCAGCACAGCGCCUUUGCCGGCCGCGACUGGCGCUCCAUCAAGGUCGGCGAGGUCAUUGACCCGGAGCUGGUCCGCUUCGUCGAGAUUGACACCAGCGUCGAGGAGGCCACAAACGUUCUAAUCUCCUCCGGCUCUCCUAAUGUCGUCCUUCUUCGCGAGAACAAGGAGUCCCACGCCGCCAUCGGCACCUUCGACUACAGCGACCUGAACGCCUAUCUCCUCCUCGUCGUCGGCCUUGCGCGCCCGGAGGCUUCUGACAUACAGUCAUUCAAUGAGCUCGCACAAAAAGGUCGAGAGGGCAAGCCGAUCCCGCUGAAGGAUGUCAAGGAUCUUGGGAAGAAGGAACCGCUCAUCACUCUCCCCCAUUCCGCUAGCCUUACCAAGGCUGUCGAGGUUUUCGGCAGUGGCAUCCACAGGAUUAUCAUCGUCAAGGAGCACUCGUCAGACGUCAUUGGUAUUCUGACACAGUUGCGGUUGACGGGAUUCUUCUGGCAGAAUGGACGCAGCUUCCCUUCGAUUGACAACCUCUACCCAUCUUCCUUGAGAGAGCUCAACCUCGGCUCCCAGCAAGUCAUUGCGAUCAACGGCGACAAGCCUGUUACAGAUGCACUCGAGCUCAUGCAUAACGAGGGGAUCACCUCUCUGCCGGUCUUGGAUAACUCGAAUAAUGUAGUCGGCAACAUAUCGCAUGUCGAUGUUCGGAAUGUGGAUCACCACACCUCCGUCUCCAGCUUCAUCUGGGCCUCCGACCCCUGCGGUCACCCCUGCGCAACCAGCAUUCUCUCCGACGUCUUCGACGAUCCUUUCCCCUCCGCCAAGCGCUAA